UAUUUUGUGAACAAAAUGAAUAACUCGUUGCAAAUUGGACAUUCUGUUUAUAAUUUCGAUAACGCUGAAUCAGAAGAAGUGUGUGAAAAUUUAGAAGGAGUUGUUGUUGCUACCACACCAGUUGUUGACAAUGACGAUGAGGAGAAGAUGGUCGAGCUGCUAAAAGAAUUCGAAAUGGAGAAUGUUUUGCCAUUCCUAAAAGCUUCGCAGAUAACUUUUAGAAGCCUUAAAUUUCUUAGAGGUGCUGACCUAAAGGAAGCCAUUCCGCCGCUGGGUCUACGUGUGGAGUUUAGAGAGAAAUUAUUCAUGUGGAAGAAGAAAGAGAAUCAACAUUUGACUAACGGGAACCGGGACGACCUCAUAAGCGUUGUCAUUGACGAAGUUAUUGCAAAUUACAUUAUACUAAGAGGGAAUGAUUUUGUGAAUUUGCUAGAGCAGAUAAUAAAUCUCUUUCCAAACGAAAAGGGUGCCGGGGAAUACUAUUAUAUUCCGCGCAAGGCUAAAAAAUGCCCUAGUGGAAAUCUGUACGGGAAAUACGUCAAUCAGCGCAGUAAGAAAAGGAAGACAAUAUACCUUGAACAAAACACACCAUCACCUGCUAGUACUAAGACUAAUCCUUCCACGAAAAAUUACGAAGUUCCUGAAAUUUAUUUUACGAUGUGUAGAGCAUUAAAAGCAUCUCUCAGUAGAAGCAUUGCAGAUUGGAAUGAAGUCAGAGAUAAAUGGCAAAAGACAUUUAACUUGCGACAGAAUGACAUAAAGGAACUGACCAACAUUGAUUUUCUCCAAGCGUGGCCCAAAUAUUCUGAUUCGCGGGCUCCUGACUUGAUAAAACUUGACUUCAACCUGACAAGGAGGAUUGCUUGUAUUCGAAAUGGGAAAUGUUUACGGAAAAAAUUCAACGAUUUUAUGAAACUAAUCUACACAACGAUUUCUGCAAAUAGCUCUUUUCUCUUGCUAAAGCUUCAACGAACAAAGAUACGCAAGACUACGUUCUUACAACGCUGCUGAAUGGAGUUCUUCCACCUUCGUCAAGGUUUCAAAGUUCCUGCGGAAAGCUAAGAAAGAAAGCAACAAUAGCAGACUCGCAACAAAGCUUUGUUUUACGAUUAACUUCAAUCAACGAUUACGAAAGGAAAAUUACUGAGUUGAUAAGUAUGUACUAUUCUGCAGGAAUGACAAUACAGCCUUUUAUAAUUGUGGAAGGAAUAGCUGAGGGUGGAUAUAACAGGAUUUUAUAUAUAUAUCUAGAAUGCGUAGAUAUCUGUUUCAAAAUCUUUCACACUCUUUGCCUAAAAUAUCCUCAGGCAUGCGAAGCUUCUUGGGUUUUUUUACAACAUUUUUUUUUUUAAAUUUAUACUGAAUAUGACUGCAAGUCGGCAAAUUUAACUUCUUAUGACAUAUAAUGAAUUGCUUUAAAAUGUUUAUUUGCUUCAAGUGCCACAAAAAAUUUGCAGAAAUUGAUACCUAAUAUGUCAUUUUAAAGUAGAUCAUAAGCUUUCUACGAAACUUUUACGACUGCAAUGCAAGCAAGAUAACUGUAAUCAAUUAUUUACAAAAUUUACUUCGUUCCGCAAUCAUUUACAAAAUACUCAUACAAAAUUUAAAAACACAUACGAACCAAACGUAACUCCAACUGAAGCUAUAACGAUACCGAUUUUAAGUAAUAAUUUAAGUACGGAAACAGAACCUCAAGACGUUGAUAAUUCAUCAAUGCAAAAUAUUGUUAAUGAAACUAAAAAUCUAAAGAAAAAGGCACUGUAUUUAUCUUUAAGUUUGUAUUCUCAAAACAAUUUGCCCAGGAAACAAGUAAUCGAUAUUCAGACUAUGGUAUCUUCUAUGAUUUUGUCCGUAUCCUUUACUAUUCAGCAUGUAUUAAACUCAGAGGCUAUCAGUGAUGUCAAUGAAGACUUACAAUUAUUGCUAGAGUUUUGCAAGAACCCAUUUCAGGAAAUAAGUUCCGAAUAUAGGCUUUUAAGAUAUUAAAGGAGCUUAAUUUAUAUGAACAUCCAAAGACUAUAAUCAUUAAAAAAUCUGUUACUGAAACAACAAAACACGGGAACCCAACCUUAACUCCUAAAUCUUUCGACAUAUAUAUUAUGCCUUUAAAUUUUCAGUUCAAAGCUAUUUUUGAGAGUCCAUGCCUUCUGGAGAGCACAUUACAGAACACAGAAAGAUACUUGAAAGAAAGUAGUAUACAGAACUUUGUUAGCGGCGAAAUAUUUAAAUCACGAAAAGAUAAAAUUCAAUCUGAGUUAGUUAUACCAUAUAUUCUUUAUUUUGAUGAUUUCCAAAUCAACAACGCGCUUGGCAGCCAUACUUACUCGAUAUGUGGAUGCUAUUUUAGUUUUCCGUCAAUGCCAAAACAUCUGUUAUCAAAACUAGAAUACAUUUUCCAUGGAGCUUUCAU